CGGUCUCGCGAGAUGUUACUCUGAAGUUUGACAGCUACUUGCAGAAAUACGCAUGUAAAGUGUUUGGAAAUAGUGCGAGUACGCUUGACGGAACAGCUAACCCGGUGCUUACCUGGAAGCAAAUGUAAACAACAUGGUUUCCUGUGUACAUUGUCAUAAGAUACAUAAUAUGUGGAUUUCGUACAUGUUCGUCGCUAUGAGAAAGCAUCGGUGACAUUGAUUUGCGUAAUAGGUACAUAUAACCAUAUAUCGUAAUUGAUAAAAUAAUUGUGACUUCAAUUUGGAGAAUACAUGUUAUUUUAAGUUUAAAUUGGAUUUGAGACGUGCUCGAUCUGGUCAAGAACAAAUAUUUGAGCAACAUGUGAUAUCUGGUAGUUAUGCUGGUGACGCGAUGUCUGAUCCAGGUUUGCCCCCAAAGCCUCGUAGUUUGAACCUUCUAGAAUCUGUUAUACAUGAGGAGGAAGCCAGAGAGCAGAUCCACAGGGCUGCCAACAUAGUCCUCCCGACUGUACACAGUGUUGAACCAGGCUCACCUGAGUUUUAUGACAAGGAAAAACAGCAAAUCAGACGUGAAAAAUCAUCUGGCUCAGCUUUUACAGAGCUUACAAUGAAGGAUACUCCUCCUAGCUCCAAGGUUAGAAGGGCCGACCCAAAUGCUGGCUUCAAAGGUAAAAAGAUAAAAAAAUCAAAAGUGUCAAGGGUAGAUUCAGCAGAAAAUAAUGCAAAGGACAAAAACAAGAAACCGAAUCGACCAUUGUCAGCAGAUUAUAACAAAUUUCGGAGGAUGGAGAAAAUUGACAAUGGGAGACCAUCAACUGCUAAGGAAAGGGCAAGGUCUGCUAAAAAUAGACCAUUGUCUCCUGAGGAUCAAAGGCCAAGGUCACCAAGGAGUUAUUCAUCAGAUACGUAUUCAUCUGAUGAUGAGUAUCUUAAGAAAAAGAAAUACAGGUCUGAUUCAGACAGUUCUUUAAACAGGACAGAAAAUGGAGAUUCAGAUGAUUUCUUUGACAAACCUGUCGAUAGGGAAGUGGUAAAAGACAGCCAUAGAGAUCGAAGCAGUAGCAGCUCGACAUCCAGAAGCAGUAAUUCUAACUCCAACAAUUCUGAUUACAACAAGGAGCAAAGGAAACAAACCAAUGGAAAAGGAGCAAGCAAACAUGACAAUACAAAGCAGAAUGGAAGAUCUGAUUCAGAAAGUUCUGAUGAAAAAGUGCCAGUGGAUUACCAGUCUUCUUUAAUGUCCUUAAGUUCAUCAGAAGUAGGCAGCAAACAAAGCUCAAAUAAACCUCCAAGGCCUUCCUCAUCUAAAAGACCACUGAAGAAAUCCAAACCAUUGCUGUCGAGAAAGAAGCGUCAAAACCUGAAGAUAUUCCAGAUCGACCCGGAUCUGUACUUGGAAGGGAAACUGCACCAAAAAUACAGCGAGCUAGAGGAGCUUGUGAACUGCUCGUUCGUUGACCAGAAAAGUCAUGUAACCCGGCACCACCUUUAUCAGAUGGAGUUGCUCCGUGACCAGUACACAGCAGCCAGUCACGGGCUGCCCUCCGCCGCCACCAUCAUCCCUCGAAGCCUCCCUGAGGAGAUCAGGACAAGGUCCAUGCCACGCCCAUCAUCCGCCAAGAGGCCACCAUCAAGGAGAUAUGCUGGAAGUGACCAAGACUCUAUUGUCUAUGAUAACGCAUAUGGAACACUACGCAGUGUCAUGUCCGCAGAACAUCUGAGAACAACAAACCGAAUACGCACAGACAUACUUGCAGAAAGACCAUCCAGUGCUACUCAUGCUUCAAAGAAAACAAAAACUGUAAAGAAGGCCAAGCAUAAACCAAAGAAAGAUGACACGUCUUCAGAGAAGAGCAACUCGGACCGCCACAGUUAUCCGAGCAGCAAUCCGUCGUCCAAUCCCAGUUCCACACCCAGGGUAACCCAGCCCCAUAUCGAUCACCACAUCAAGUACACAGACAAUGAGCUCCUAAAAAAAUGGCUCAAAGAAAAGGACAAGAUAUACCGGCGACAGGUGCGAGAGGAGAGACGAAAGAAACGAGAGGAACGAGAGAAGCUCAUUGACGAAGCCAAUGAGAAACUGGAAAGCAGGAUUAAAUCACAAAAAGAGGUGAAGAAAUGGAUGAAGGAGAAGAACAAGGAGCUUGCCCAGAAGCAGCGUGAGGCCGCACAUCAACACCGUGUGGAGGUGGAGAAAGAAGAGCAGCGAAAACUCAACCUGCCUGGGGAUACUAUUCAUAUUCGCCCACAGUCUACUCCCUUGAGACGCCCAGAAGACAUCCACAUUGAUAAGCACCAACUCAAGGGUGACAAAACACCAGAUUUUGUGAAAGAACAGAUUCACAUGAAACGAGAGAUAGAGGAGGAAAACAAGCAAGCAAAGCUGGCAAGUGAAGGUGGUCCCCACCCACCACAGACAAAAUUUAUUUACAAGCGUCCUGUUGCUGGGAAAAUUAAACUAAAAAUGCAGGUGCAGGGCAAAGGGGCAGCACCAGCAAAAUCCGAAAAGGAUCCAGAAAAAAAGGCAGAAGAUACGGAGGAUAAAGAGAAGCAGAUGAGAAUGUCCUAUGAUGACUGGGUAAAAAAGAAAAGAGAAAGUGAUGCUGCAAUAAAGAGACAAAAGAGUGCUGAAAAGCAGAGAGAGCUUGCCAAGUCUGACCCUGAACUGGAGAGGAUUAUACCUGCUCUGGGAAGACAAAGGAUUGCAGAUAAGUUAAACUCAAGGAAAAGAAUUGAUACAGGAAUUAGAAAGUUUGAUGAGCAGGCCAACAAAUCCUUUGGAGGGGCUGAUUUCUCUGGAGAGGAGAUUCAGAGACCAAGAAGUGCCUACCGACUGGAAAGGGAUAGGAAUGAUGAUGGGCAUCCUGCUCUAACUGUCUCACAGAAGCAACUUCAGCGUCCUUCUACAGCACCAAGUAGCCGCAGUAAACCACCUCCGACUCCGAAGAAGUCUGCUAAAUCUCCCAGAAAAGCAAUAAUACCCACAAGAGUAGAUAAAGUUAUGAGCAAUGAAGAUGUGUCUAACCCAUACCAUAUUCCAUUUCCCCCUGAGAAAGGGGUACCUUUGCAUGUGGCAGAGAGGCAGAGGAAGAUCUUUGCUGAUAUUGUCACUAAUAAUUUAAAUGAAAUUGAACAGAGAGCUUUAUUAAAUGCAGAACUUAUAAAAGAGGGAGUUUCUGAUGAAGAUAUUGCGCUGUAUCGAAAGCAAAUGGAAGAAGAGUUAGCAAAAUUCGAUAGAAAUUCACAUCAAAGAACCCAUCAAAUACAAGACCAUAAUGCAAUUAAUGAAGAAAACAUAAAAGAUGCAGCAGAAAUACCAGAGCACAUUGUGAUUACUGACGUUAUGUAUUCUCCACGUAAAAGAUCAAUAUCUUCAUCUUCAUCAUCCUCUGAAGAUGAUGUGACGACAUUAGUUGGCUUUGAAUCUGACAAAGAAAAUAUUGACAAAAGUGAAAAUAAUAAACCUGAUGAACAAAAGCUAGUUUGUAGCAAUGUGAGUGGUGAAAAGAAGGACAAAAUUGAUGAGAAGUAUGAUAUACCUAUGGAGCCACAGGAAGAUGUUAAAGCUCAUAGCCAUUAUAAGACAUAUGAUAACUUGAACGAACUGCAGAUUGAGUCACCUAGAAAUGAUGAAAGGGACAAUAACUCUGAACUGGGAGAAGAUAUUGAAAGACUUAAGGAAAGAGUUAGUCAUUUAAAUAUUGAGGAUUUAAUUGGAUUACAUGUGCAGCACUCCCAUGGCAGCACUGGUAGGUCUGAUUCACCAGUGGAAAAGGAAGUUACAAUUGUUGCAGAGACUGAUCCAAAUGUAGUUGGAAUAUUGAAAGAGAGCAAACGAGAGGAAAACUUGAAGCCAGAGCUGCAUGAAAGUGCUGAAUUUGAGAUAAGUGGUGCGAAUAAGCCAGAUGGUUUUGAUGGUAAUGAUGAUGGUUUAAAUAAUUCAAGGAAAAGGGUAUCUUUUAAUGAACAUACUGAAGUAUUUCAGUCAUUUGAAUCGACAAGUACUGACACAGUAACCCCAGAUGAAGCAGACUUCGAUCCAAACGCUGAAAGUCUGGAUGCUCAGAACUAUGCUGAUGACUUUGAAGAUGAGCUUCGUGAGGUCAGGCGUCAACCUGAUGAAGAGAAGAUAUUCAUUACUAAUCCUGACGAUGAAACUUCAGUGUAAUGUCUUCAUAAUAACACUUGUCUAAUAUGUUAUAAAAAGUACUGCUGUAUUAAUGGUGAUAACAUUAACUGUACUUCUUCAAAAAACAUUAAAUCACAAAUAUUAAAAUAUUGACCAAAAGGUUCAACACAUUUUGUUUACCUUUGAGAAUCACUUGACAGUAGAAAUGUGAUUUAAAGCAUAUGCAAAGGUGUUUUUUUUUAAUUUUAAAAGUCAUUAGAUGUCUCUUUUACUUUUAUAAUCUUAUACUAGUAUAUGAUUUUGUAUGCUCCAGAUCAAGUUUAGGCAUUUAGUAAUUGCAUCAUCCGUCCUUCUGUCCUGCUUCUUGUGCUGAGCUUUUCUGGGGAAGUAUUGAAGGGAUUCAAAUGUAACUUUGUUAAAUGAUAAAGGGGAUUAUCUGAGGGUAAGUUCAAAGUACAAGAAGCAUAGUUCAUCAGGAUUGACAGAUUUAUUGCCAUUUAGUCAAUUUUAUUUUUCGGAGGUUUAAUCGUAUUUAGGUGAUAUUUUUUAUGUGUUUGUAUUUGGAAGUAGAUAGUCUCAUAGAAAUAACAUAUGUUAGAUAUUUUAUUGAAUAUUAGGACUUGCAACAGAAUAUGUUUUUAGGUUUUUAAAUUAUUUUGUUAGAGCUCUUGUUGACUUGAGUGUGUAUUUGAUUAUAGCUAAAUGUUUAUCCGUCCAGCUACAUAAUUUUAGGUCUCAUUUAAACCUUCCCAGUGGUUCACCCUAGGGGACAAAAGGGGUGGCCUUUAUUUGUCGAUCUGUCUGUCAGUCCCUCCAUUGCCCAUCAGUCCCUUUGUCAGCAAAACUGCGCAAUGCAAUAGCUCAGAAAGUACAGAAUAUAUAAGGAUGAAAAGUUAUAAACGGCACUGUAAUAUUUUGUAUCUAUUUAUUUACUUAUUUUAAUAUCACACUGAUAUGUAUCUUACUUUAUUAAUUUUACAGUUCAAUGACUUUUCCUUUUAAGAAUCGGGAUAUGUGACUUUUCUGUAUAUUUACUGUUAUAACAAUUUCUGUGUGAAACAGAAGAAAAAAUCAGUACAGUAUUUAAUUAUUGCCAUGUAAAGUGCUGUUAUCAUAUAACAUUGGGCUGGGAUGAGUAGUUCAUGUACCGGAUUACUUCAUGUGUACCAGGUGGUGUGUUUCCCUCUGAUACCGACUGUUUCGCCUGAUAUGAGUAAUUUUUGUAAGUUUAAACUUAUUUAUUUCAUCUUGAUCGCAUUAAAAUCCUAACUCAUAUUGAACCACUUUUGAGUCCAAUAUCUGGGUAGAACCAGUACUUGUUCUAAUUAAAAGAUCCUGAGAACCAUUCCAGAGUGGGGACCUCCUUAUUUCUAGACAGACACUGUAUCCAAUAAGCCACCACAACUUUUUUGGUUAUUUCUUUUGAGAAAAUUUCUCAUUUUAGCAUAAACCUUUUGUAGGCUUUACUGUAAUCUCAAUAGUGUGAUUUUUGGCUUGGCUGUUUUCGGAGAAAACCCAAUCUAUUGUCAUAGCCAGCUCGUCUGCCGUCCGCUUGGUGCUUAAACCUGAACAUUGGCUCUAAAAUCAAAGUGCUUCCACCUACAACUUUGAAACUUCAUAUUUAGCUGUCCCUUGAUGAGUUCUACACGCCACACCCAUUUUUGUUGAUACAUUACAAGUAAUUAGGUCAAAGGUCACUGUGACCUCUAAUAAAAAAAUAUAAAAAUUCUCCUGACAAGCUUUUAUUUAUUCAAAACUGCAACCGCAGCCGAGCGUUGGCACCCGCUAUGCGAUGCUCUUGUUCAAUAUACUAUUUAGUGGAAAUUCACUCUUUAUAACACAGCAUUUAAAAAAGUUUAUGCAUGUAAUUGAAUGAAUCUGUUUUAAUAAAAAUAUCAUCUCUUGUGCAGUGAUAUAGCUACCUGUAUUAUGUUAAAAUCAGCCUUAGAAUGGCCACUGGGUUUGAUUUGCAUUCAUUGUUUAAGAGCUGUUCUGUCUUAUGGCAGAGUUACGAGUGCCUGUCCCAACCCUACUUGUAAAUGUGGAGUUCUCAACGAAAAGUAUUGCUUUAAGAAGACAAUUUGUUGUGAUGAAAACCAUUAAAAUGUCAGUUUUUCACAUGCUUACAUUCUAUGUACUCGUAUUUAUUAGGUUUCUGUGAUAUUUUUCAGUUUUAUACUUACAGUUUUAGAGAAACAUUUAUAUUUACCAAUCAUUUAUGUGAUAUUCAUUUACUUUACAUGAAGACGAUGCUAAACAUUUCCACUUAUACAUAUAUGCAUUUUUAAUACGCUGAACAUAAUGAGUAAGUAAUAUGUAUGCAUUUUUAUUGUAUAUCAUAGCCGUAUUAUGGAAUAAUUGAAGUAAAUUUUAUACAAAAUUUAAAAUACAAAAUAGUUAUAAUCUUUUCACCAAAGGGUUUGAAUAUUAAUACAAAUGUAUAAGUUUGAUUUGCUCAAAAUAACAUUGAUGAUUUUCCAUGACUUAUCUGUAGAUGAAUAACAGUGAUAAAUAACUUUGAAAUGG